AUGCCGGGCUCCAUCCGGGAAAUCCAGCCGCGAGGCACGCCGACCGACGAGAAGUCCGUUUCGGUGCUCAACGAGGGCAAAGACAGCGCGACACCUUCCGUCACCGAGGUCCUCCAGAAAACGCCCAAGAGCUCGUGGAAGUCGUACAUCUGGGACACCUUCGACAAGUCUCCCGAGGAGCGUCGGUUCCUCUUCAAGCUCGAUGCGGUCUUGAUGACGCUGGCUUCCCUGGGAUACUUCAUCAAGUACCUCGACCAGGUCAAUAUAAACAAUGCUUUUGUUUCCGGAAUGAAGGAGGACUUGGGACUAUAUGGCAACGAGUUGAACUACAUGCAGGUUUGCUGGACAGUUGGCUAUGUUGUUGGUGAGAUUCCAAGUAACAUGCUGUUGACACGAAUCCGACCUGGAAUCUGGAUUCCGCUGUGCGAGGUCACGUGGUCUGUCCUCACCAUUCUCCUCGUCAAAUGCGAGACGGCCACUCAGAUCUAUGUCCUGCGGUUUUUUAUUGGUCUGGCCGAGAGCACCUUCUAUCCGGGCAUGCAGUACAUCAUUGGCUCCUGGUACCGCAAGGACGAGUUGGCCAAACGGUCGUGUCUGUUCCACGCCAUGGGCAACGUCGGCUCCAUGGUAUCCGGCUACCUCAUGGCCGGCUCCCACAACUUGGACGGCGUUCACGGAUAUGCGGGAUGGCAGUGGUUCACCAUUGUGUCGUUGCCCAUCGCUAUCUCAGGCUUCUUCUUCAUGCCUGACUUGCCUGAGAUCACAAAGGCAUGGUACUUUACGCCCGAGGAGAUUGCCUUGGCCAAAAAACGGAUGGAGUUGGAAGGUCGGGCGCAGCGCGCGCCAUACAACAAGGCCAAGUUCAUCAAGAUCUUCUCCAGCUGGCACAUCUGGACGCUGGUGACCCUCUACAUCAUCUUCAACAACGGAAACGGCGGCAUCUCGCAGCCGGCCUUCCCCCUCUGGCUCAAGGCCGAGGGCUACAGCGUGCGCGAGGUCAACAUCUAUCCCACGAUCGCCGAGGUCGUCGCCAUCAUCACCACGCUGAUUUACGCGUGGACGUCCGACAGCCUUUUCAAAGGCGCGCGCUGGCCGGCCAUGGUGUUCUCGGGCGUCGUCAAGAUCAUCGCGUACGUCCCGCUCACGAUCUGGGACGUCCCGAACAGCCUCAAGUGGGCGUGCUUCAUCCUGUGCGGUUUCGGCGGCGGCAUCAGCGGCCUCACGUUCGCCUGGGCCCACGAGAUCUGCAGCGACGACAACGAGGAGAGAGCGCUGGUUACGGGCGCCAUGAACCAGAUGGCAUAUGUGUUCCAGGCUUGGCUUCCUCUCAUCAUCUGGCAGCAGGUUGAGGCCCCGGCAUACCCCAAGGGUUACCCGAGCAUGAUUGCGCUGUCUGUGGCUCUUAUUGUCAUUGCCUUUGUCAUCCGGUUCCUUCACAAGAGAGAGAUUAGAUUGAAGGCCACAGCAGGGCGGAGCGUUGCUUGA